UUCCUCAGCCAGAGAUUGUGGAGGUUGCAAAGUCUGGCCAGCUGCCCUUUCAAACCACAUCCGACCUUCCUCGGGACAUUAAAGUCGAGUGGACACUCACUGGGCCCAAUUACAAGAAUGUCCAUGUGUAUGAGAAUGGUAACAGCCAGCCAGACAAACAGCACCAAGAUUUCAAAGGUCGCACAGAGAUGACAGAAGAACCACUGAACACUAAAGACUUCAGUCUGACCCUGAAAGACCUCCGCCUGACUGACAGUGGAGUCUACACCUGCACCGUCUACAACAAGGAUGGACACAUGCUGCUACAGAAAACAGUGACUCUCAGUGUGAGAGAUGUUGGGAUGGAGAUGGUGUCUACACAAGGGCUAAAGUUUGUAAUGCUUCCCUUCAAAAUACCACGUGACCUUCCUCAGGGUACCACAGUGGAGUGGAGACACAACAAUGUGGAAGUCUACAAGUACACGGAUGUAAAUGUUGACUCACAGCAUGUGGAUGACAGAGGUCGCACAGAGAUGAAGGAAGACGCACUGAGAACUGGAGACCUCAGUCUGACCCUGAAAGACCUCCACCUCACUGACAGUGGAGUCUACACCUGCACCGUCUACAACAAGGAUGGACACAUGCUGCUACAGAAAUCAGUGACUCUCAGAGUCAGAGAGAGUCAGCCAGAGGUAGUGGAGGUGAAACAGGGGUUGAGGUCUGUCCAGCUGCCCUUUGAAACCACAUCUGUCCUUUCUCAGGAUGUCACAGUGGAGUGGAGGCUCACUGAACCCAAGUAUAUGGUGGUCCACAUGUAUACGUGUGGAAACGAUCAGCCAGACAAACACAACCAGAUUUACAGAGGUCGCACAGAGAUGAAUAAAGAGCCACUAGAAAAUGGAGACCUCAGUCUGACCCUGAAAGACCUCCGCCUGACUGACAGUGGAUUCUACACCUGCACCGUCUACAACAAGGAUGGACACAUGCUGACACAGAAAUCAGUGACUCUCAGAGUCAGAGAGAACUCUCCAAACCAGCAGAACAAGAAGAACCACCGAAACCAGACCUGCUACAACCAGCACGAGGGUGGAGGAGGAGGGAGGAGCGGAGGAGUCUGUUACAGGAGAAACAAGAGCAGGAGAGUUCACAGGAUUAGAGGAGGUGCAGGUGUGGAGAUGAGGAGGAGGAUCUGUAGGAGACAUGGUGAAGAUGGUUCAGUCAGCUUAUUUUUACUUCAGAAAGCCCUGAGGAGAUUCUCCAAACACAUCAGUAGCACAGGAGUAGAGACCUUCAUCAGACUGCUGGACGUUUGUGAUGAUGAACUCUGA